AUGGCGCGUGUACCGUUCAUAGGCCGUCUCUACCCCAUAGAGUAUCUAUCCCUCCUCAUAUCUAUCCUUCUCGUCGCCCUCGAAGGGUUCAUCCGGAUCAUCACUCUCGCCCUCCCGAAACCGAUCAUCUCCCUCGGAUACCAGCUCUCGAGGAGAUUGUUCAAUUCCUUAUCAUCGCAGCAGAGCCUGCGCUCGAGAAAUCGAAAGAAGGCUGUGGUCAACUCCAUCGCCCAGGCCGCGGACUUCGUGGAGCUCUGCGAGUAUUUUGGCUAUUACGCGGAAGAGCAUGUCGUUCAGACCGGAGAUGGAUAUCUGCUCGGCCUUCACAGGCUUGGUUGGAAACGGGGGGAAGAAGAUGUCGCUGUCAAUAGCGGUCCCGGGAGCGUGCGGAAGAAGGUCGUGUACCUGCAUCACGGCCUCCUUAUGAAUAGCGAGGUGUGGAUCUGCCUUACAGACCGCGAGCGAUGUCUCCCGUUCCUUUUGGUGGAGCAGGGAUAUGACGUUUGGCUAGGGAACAACCGCGGAAACAAGUAUUCGAAGAAGAACAUCCGCCUCCCCCCAACCGAUCCCCGGUUCUGGUCGUUCUCUAUCGAUCAAUUCGCGUUCUUCGACAUCCCCGACAGCAUCAACUACAUUCUCCAGACGACGGGGCAUGAAAAGCUCGCAUAUAUCGGAUUCUCGCAGGGGACGGCGCAAGCGUUUGCGACCUUGUCGAUUCACCCGGACCUCAACGGUAAAGUAUCCGUGUUCAUUGCCCUCGCACCCGCGAUGUCUCCCCCGGGGCUUACCGCGGGAAUUGUUGAUUCCUUCGUGAAAGCGUCGCCCGACGUCUUGUUCCUCUUAUUCGGACGCCGCGCCAUUUUGGGCUCGACCACCAUGUGGCAGGCGCUACUAUAUCCUCCGAUCUUCGUCCGCGCCAUCGACAUUUCCCUCAAGUUCCUCUUCGGCUGGACCGGGAAGAACAUCAGCACGCACCAGAAGCUAGCGGCGUACCCACACCUCUAUUCCUUCACCAGCACCAAGUCGGUGGUGCAUUGGUUCCAGAUCAUUCGGAACGGCAAGUUCCAAAUGUACGACGAUGAAAUCCAGUCGCCGUUCACCCUGAGCAACUCCACGCAGUACUACAAGGUCGCCAAAUUCCCCACCAGGAACAUCAAGACUCCAAUCGUGUUGCUAUACGGAGGAACCGACAGCUUGGUCGACAUUUCGGUCAUGAUGAAGGAAUUGCCGAAACACACCACCGCCACCCGGGUCCCGCAUUACGAACAUUUGGACUUCCUAUGGGGCUCGGAUGUUCAGGACGUCGUGUUUCCUCACGUCUUCGCGGCUCUUGAUCGAUUCACGAACCCGUCCACAGCGGCCACGUUCCGAGCGCUCUCGGGCCCGAAAAGCUAUGCUGGAGUCUUGAAGUCUCCAUUGAGCACGAGCACAGACGAGGACUCGAUUGGAGAGUCAUCGAGCAGCAAUGAUCCGACCAAGGUAUCCGAGUCCAUUGAGCAUGCCGGAAAUGGGCCAUUAAACUCGCCGUUUCAAUCGCCGUUCCAUGGCAGGGACGAAUCGAUGGAUGCGCUUCCUGUGCCAUUAAGUAGCGAGAAUACGGAGAAUCGGAAGGUGACUAUCCAACCGCGACGGGAAGAAGAAUAA